CGAUAAUCAAUUAAUUCUAGGGCAUCAAUCAGACCAUGAUAACGGACUUCAACUCAUGAUAACGACUUGGCUUCCAUCGAUUCAUUGACCUCGGAGUUGAUGUUCACUAAACUUGAACAUACAUUGAAUCCAGCACUUGUAACCCCACCUCAUCAUAUCUCCUCCUCUCAACUCAGCUUCCCCUCUUCUUCAUUGCAACCUCAAUCCAUGUCUCUACAACCCUAACCUCAUAUCCCACCUCCCAAACGCAUCACUUAACUAUAGUCUCCAGAAGUAUCGAGUAACAAUGUCGCCUCUCAUUGUUGAUAUCCAUACCCAUGUCUAUCCUCCGGCGUAUAUGGAGAUGCUCCGCGCUCGCAAGAGCGUCCCUUACGUCCACGAUCCGGCUAACAAUGCAGAUCCCCGUCUGAUCAUCCUAUCUUCAGAUGAUGACCCUUCAAUUCCCCUCGAUGAGCGCGGUCGCCCAGUUGACUCAUCCUACUGGAAUAUCGACAUGAAGCUGGCCUUCAUGCGUCACCAUGGAAUAACCUGCAGCGUGAUCUCUCUCGCCAACCCCUGGUUAGACUUUCUCGAGCCCGAAGAAGCGCAGAAAUGGGCAGAGCGCGUCAAUGAUGACCUAGAAGGCACCUGUGCACGCGUGAACCAAGCCGCAGACCCGGAGAAAACCCUUGCGCUUCACGAGAAGGAAACGCUAUUUGCUUUCGGUGCACUUCCACUAAGUGCCCCCAGCGCGGAUAUUGUCGUGAAUGAGAUUAAGCGACUUAAAACUUUGCCGCAUCUCCGAGGUGUCAUUAUGGGUACUUCCGGGCUAGGAAAAGGACUGGAUGAUAACCAGCUAGAUCCUGUCUGGGGGGCACUGCAGGAUACCGAGUCUCUUCUCUUUUUACAUCCACACUACGGACUACCCGAUGAAGCCUUCGGUGGCUCAGACGCGAUGAAUCGCUACGGCCAUGUUCUUCCGUUGGCGUUAGGGUUUCCCCUAGAAACGACAAUUGCGGUGACGCGGAUGCUUUUGGCUGGUGUUUUUGAUCGGUUUCCGCGAUUGAGAAUUUUGUUAGCUCAUUCUGGAGGCACGCUUCCCUUCCUUGCGGGGCGCAUUGAGAGCUGUAUCCAUCAUGAGCGCAAGUUCAUUGCCAACGGUGGUGAUGUACCUGGCCCCCAACGGAGCGUUUGGGACGUGUUGAAGACCAAUAUCUAUCUUGAUGCUGUGGUAUAUGGCACUGCCGGUUUACAGGCGGCAAUGACGGCAUCUGGAACAGAUCGUCUGCUUUUUGGAACGGAUCACCCAUUCUUCCCUCCUUUGGAUGGUAAAGAAGAGAAAUGGCCUAGCGUGACGACCAACUACAAGGCUAUCCACUCUACGUUUGAUAAGGAUGGCGAUGCAGCUGCGGCCGUCCUAGGCGGAAAUGCAGCCCGUAUUUUAGAUCUGAAGUGAUCUUCCGAUCAGAGCACGGUUGGAGGAAACUUACAGAUGAACAUAUCUAUAGACAGUUAUAACCAUCAAGAACAAUAGUAUAAACCUUCUCUGUGAC